CCUUGUAGUAGCUGAUCUUGUAUAGGUUAUGACUGAUGAGGCGCUCCCGUUCAGCACGGACUCCAAAAGGUUAUCCCAGACGCAUUUUCCAACCAAAAGCGAUACUUAUGAUUUGAUAGCAUUUCAUGGCCGGGCGGAUGAUCGCUUUUCACCUGUACAACCCGAUAAAGCUUCUCGCUUGUCGAAUCUAUACCGAAGCCGAAGUAUACCAGACGGACGUUGUUGAUUACGGAGUUACGCCGCAGCCGAGCAACGUUAAUCGCCACGCUCAGAAUAGGUAAAUAAUAGAUAAAUAAUCAAAUAACACUACUUUUAUUAUCACAAGC